AUGUCCAAGACAAUCCACGACGUACGCGCGAAACGCAUCAUCUUCGACAGUUCGCUGCUGUUCGACGAGGUGACCGCUCGGCUCGAUCAAGAGUUAAGCAGGGACAAGGCGGGGCCGAAGGGCUUUGACAUCUUCGCGACUGCGAAGACCAGGGAAGAUCUUGAGCAAGGCAUACAGAACGUCAUCGGCGGCAAAGAUUUCAUAUUCUUCGGAGCGCCCGCCUUUCACGAUUGGCGCAAUGCGUAUUACGACCAGGCGGUCCAGGUGCCGAAGACGACGCAGUACAUACUCGGGAACCCAUUCAUUGCCGAGACGAUGAUCGUGCACGAUCUAUACGUCCCCUUGAACGUCCCGCCACGACUUCUGGUGGUAGAGAAAGCGGACAAGAGUGGGACGCAGGUGGUCUAUUACCAGCCAUCGUCGAUUAUCGCGGUGUCUGCCGAUGGCAAUGUGAAGCCCGAGUUGAAGGUGGCUGCCGAGGCACUGGACGCGAAGCUGGAGGCGUUAGUGAGAAAGAUCACUGCGUGA